AUGGCACAGAUUCCAACACCGCCUCUUUCCCGGCAGGCCUCUGAGGAGCGACAAAUUGAGGAUCAAAAGAAGACCUCCCAAGAUCAAGAUCAAGUCCUGCUCCUCGAUUCACUUCUCGAGCGCUAUCUGCACCUGCUUGACCGCCACCAGACGUUGCAGGCGGAAAUAGGCAAGCAGUUGUCAUCGGUACGCUAUGAUUUCAUUCUAUACCUUCUGACUCCUGUGGGACUGGCAGGGCUUCUUUUCGCUCACUCAUGCGAAUUAUUGCUCUCCUCCCGGGCGGAGAUAUGGCGAGGAUUAUUACGACCAGCGGAUGAAAGCGACGCGGAGGCUAGAGGGAAAGCAACUAAGCGUGAAUGUACUCUUCUAAGGUUGCUGAAAACUCCCUCGUUGACUCCGGAUCAGGAGACGGAGAGCAGUCAGUCGGCUAGUACGUCGCUUGUGUAUCAGGUUCAGUACACGCCUGUAAUUUCUCGCAAGGAGGAGAGUGAAGAUGAAAAAGGCCAGAGGGAUAAAGCAGAGCAAAGUGAUACGAACGUGAGCAGCACCGGCAAGCAACAAGAAGAUAAAGACACGACGUCUGGACCAGGCAGUCCUGAAACCAGCAACAUUCCAACACCUUCAACGUCGUCAGAGCCCCCAGAAACAGAACAGGAAACCAGAGAAGAGUCCGCCAAGCCCCCCAGGAAACUAUUCCGCUCCGAUGAUCCCUUGUCAUGGUAUGGGAUUCUGGUUCCCCCAUCAUUAAAGAACGCACAGCGAUCAUUUACGGAGGCCAUUGAGGGCAACAUCCCGAAACUGGCGAGCGUAAUACACGAGAUGCGGCAAGUCGAGGAGCACGUCCAUAAAUUGAGGAAGGAGAUCAGAUUAUCAUAG